AUGUUGCUUCACACUCUCCUAUACAGCGCUGGGGUCUUACUUCUCCCAGCAAUGGUCUUUGCUGCCCCUCUUGAAGACAACCAGCGAAGGGAUGCAAAUCCUCAGCGUUAUGCUCCUCCUCCAUACUAUCCUCCUCCACCCCCUUCAUACUAUGUUCCAGCUCCUUACUACCCCCCUACGACUCGUGUUUAUACUCCACAAACUUCUAGCUCAACUGUGAGCGAACCAAUUGAUACGACAUCAACUCCUCCAUAUCAGCCAAGUAGUUCAACCAUAAGUGAGCCGAUCGAAACAACCAGUAGUUCUACGAGUGAGGCAGUCGAGACCUGCCCACCCGCUGCCACAGAGACUAUCUAUCUUACGGAAACUUCGACGGAAACUGCUACAGAAACUGCCACGGAGACUGAAACUGCCACGGAAACCGAGACUGAAACGGCGACCCAAACGGAGACAACAACGGAGACCUCUACCGUUACUCUCCCUCCUGUCACUCUCCCUCCUGUUAUCGCUCCCCCGGUUACAAAAUACGUCACUCGCAGUGUCACAGUCACACAAUAUACGACUUUGACGCCACCCCCAUCACCACCAAAGACCAUAACAGUAUACUCCACUCGUGUUUCAUACAGAACAAUCACUGCGAUAUCGAUCAGUUACUCUACUAUCAAAAUCACGGUUACAAAGACUAUAACUACUUAUCCAUAUGGCUGGUAUGCCCCAACUCCUCGUCCAUAUCAACCAUAUCGGGCUUAA